UGAAAAGUGUGUUUGAAAUAUUAACGCUUUGUUUUUCGGUACAGCGUCGGUCUUCAGCUGCCCCAAUUUUCUAAUAACUGGACGUGUUCAUUCGUUUUUAAUUUCCGCGUGGCCAAUUGGGCAUAGCAUAUAACUAGUCAUGGACGAUUCGCGCAGAUCGGUGGCGGGAAAGAUCGACGAGAGUGUCUCAAUGUACCUAUCCUUCGACACCGACGACACAUUGUCCAACGCCAAGUGGCAGUCGGCCAUGGUAACCCAGAGCAGCCAGAUCCUGGAGGUGCACACCAGUAAGUUGGAGGCUAUCGAUGACAAGGACCUCAGGCGCACCGUCCUGAAGGAUCUGCAGCAGCUGACCAUCAGCGAGCCGGACCAAAACUCGCCACUCCGCCCCUUUGACAAGAGCGCUCUCAACCGGCACAACGCCCUGUGCUCCACUCCCUCCAAGGACAAUGCGUCGAUGGAUGCGCAGCUUCAGCAACCCCAGAUCAUGACCAUGGACCUGACCCAUGUGGAAGACAAGGAGAACACCCACCCGGAUGGCGAUACUCAUGCUGGCGGCGAUAACUCCACUUUGUCCAGUUCCGUGGACGUGACCGCCAAUACGGUGAAGGCCAACACGCUGAAGAUCGAGGACGCAACCAUGGACGAUGUGUCCUUGCAGGAGGGUCCGAAGCCUCCGGCCCCAAGCCAAGUGUAUCCUUUGAGUGCCAACGUGGUGCUAGAGAAUAUCACUGAAGUUUCCAACGAAGACGUAUCCAUGAUAGCCUCGCCUUCAACUGAAAAGGAGGUGGCCCAGGUCACCGAGGUAGUAAACGAAGUCUCGGAGCUAAUUGCCAAGGCUUUGAAGAUGUCCAGCGACUCUGUGAAGCCAUCGGCCUCCAAAUUGAAAGUGGAGGUGGGCAAGAAGAGGCAGUCCAUGACCUCCACGUACUCGGGACCCCUGCCACGCCCUCGACGCUCCUACAUGCCCACCGCCAGUGCAGAGACGCGCACCUAUUCCUUCAAGCAGCGCAUGUCGGUGGUGGUUAAGACCACGCUCAAUAGUCCAGCCCGCAAGCUGAGUGCGGGUGGCGGCCUGGCCGUAAGCCGUCGCAGCUGCCUGCCCGUCUCCAAGUUGACCAAGGGCACCAAUCGCAAGUCACUCGCUGUGACCAGCAGCCGUUCGCCGCCGAAGAUCACCACGAAGGUGACCAAACCGCCAGUCAAAAGCAUUCCCGACUGCGUGUUCAACUGCAAGAACUGCGGAGCCACCUUCCGCGUUAAGUCACUACUCGAUAUGCAUAUGCGCAUGCACGACUUGGUGGAAAACGGACCCAAGACCCUGAAGCGACUGAACACCAAUCCACCACCGGCUGCAGCGGGCGGCUCUAAGAACCGCUGCAAGUUCUGUGACAAGUACUUUGCCUUGGAGCGCGCUUUGCACAUCCAUUUGAUGCAGAACUGUGACAAGAUACCGCCAGUCGAGAAGCGCAAGCUGGAUUUCACAGAGUUGAACCACAAAAAGAAGGCCCAGCUGCCAAAGAUCGGGGCUACCAGUGUGAUCAACCAGCCAGCGCCAAUGACAAUGCCGCCGAAGCCACAGCACCGCAUGAGCACAAUUCCAAGAAUGGCUUCCUCGAAUGUGCCCCAGACGAUGGCCCCACCAUCCGCCAAGAAGGUUCCCAAGAACGUCGCGCAUGCCGGCGUCUAUCGCACUCCCACAAAGACUGUGCCCUGUCACAUUUGCAAGCAGUCCUUUAAGAGCAUACUGGAAUUCACCAAGCACAGCAUGACCAUGCAUGCCAAGAGCCAGCUGAAGAAAGUGACUGGUGGAGAGGACGCACAGAGUGCUAAGGAUUAAAUCAAACGAUUCGUGUGUAGACUAGUCUAGGUCUAAGUUAAAUGUACUUUAAUCGUUCCCAGUUUAAAUGCACAUUAACAUAAUCA